AUGUGUCAAAGCCGACUCAUUAAAGCUCUCAAAUGCAAAAUCCCAAAGGAUCCAGCCAAAUCCAUGAGAAAAAUAGUAAUUGAACUUGAGGUAGACAACAAGAUCAUUAGAAAUGCAGUAAAAUAUGAUUUGAGGUUAAAGUCUUACACAAGAACACCAAAACAUUUGUUGACAACAGCUAUGAAAGAAAAGAGAUUGGAAUGGUGCAAGAAAAUUAUUACAUGGUUCAAGAAAAAGUCCUCCACUGUAACGAUCGUUUCAGAUGAAAAGAUCUUCACUGUCGAUGUUCUGAACCGCAGAAAUGACAGAUUUAUUGCAAAAUCGACAGCUGAGGUUAAGGGGACAUUCAAAACAAAACAUCCUGCUCAAGUUAUGGUUUUUGGUGUUGUGGCUUCCGAUGGAAAGAAAAUGCCUAUAAAAUUCUACAAAGCUGAUGAAAAGAUCAAUGUUAAUACUUCCUACAAGACUCUGAGAUACCAGGUAUUGCCAUGGCUUAAAGCAAACUACCCAGAUGGUAAUUAUGUAUGGACACAGGAUGGUGCUCCAGCCCACACGGCUAGAAAAAUACAAGAUUUCCGCAAAUCCAACUUUAGCAAGUUUUUGGAAUCAUGUUUUUGGCUGCCUUCUAGCCCAGAUCUAAACCCUCUGGAUUAUGCUAUUUGGGGUGUUUUAGAACAUGCUACCAAUAGAACAUUACACAGCAAUGUCGACUCUCUUAAAGAUACUAUAAAAGAAGAAUGGGAGAAGUUGUCUCCCGAAUAUUUGAGGAACACUUGUGCAAGUUUUAGGAAGUGUGUGAAGGCAGCUAUUGAGAAAGAAGGAGGACACAUGGAAUAG